GGACGACCCGAUUAGCAAUCUUCAUGUAGCAGACGAAAAACCCAUGACCGACAUGGAUAAACCCUAACUCUGCAUCAAAUCAAUGGCGUCACUUCUUCAACUUCCUCAGCUUAGCAACUUCUCUUCUUUGUUUAUCAAUACAAAAACCCAAUCUCUAAAACCGCAAAUACAACAAACAUUGACUCGGAGAUUUACUCCACAUUAUAAAUUAAACCCACCUAAAGCGUCCAUUAAUGAUGAAAACACGAAUGGAGCAGCAACUGAAUCUCCAAAGCGUAGUCGGAGAGGCCGGAAAAAGAAGCAAACCUCUUCCUCCUCUUCUUCAACUACUACUACUAAAGCGAAGAAAGCAAAGCGGUCAAAACACACCGAAGUUAACAAUGGCUCGAUUGAAGCAAACGCCACGAAAGAAGAAACAAGCGUCCAAGAUGGAAGACGAGAAGGACAAGAGGAGCUCUGGGAUUACGACGAUGGCAUGGAUUUUCCGUAUGAAUAUCCUCCGUUAAUUUGCUGCUUUGGUGCUGUACAGAAGGAGUUUGUUCCUACGGUGAGGGUGCAUGACAAUCAGAUGCACCCAGACAUCUACUCGCAGUGGAAGAUGCUGCAAUGGGACCCGCCGGAGUUUGGCAGGGCCCCAGGUGGGCCACCCUCGAAUGUGGCAAUAUCGCACGUGCGGCUUGGCGGAAGGGCAGCGUUCAUGGGGAAAGUUGGGGACGAUGAUUUGGGAAAUGAGUUAGUGUUGAUGAUGAACAAAGAGAAGGUGCAAACCAGAGGUGUUAAAUUCGAUGAGAAUGUGAAGACUUCAUGCACUUACAUGAAGAUCAAAUUCGAAGAUGGGAAAAUGAAAACAGAGACCGUGAAGGAAUCAGCAGAGGAUUCGCUUCUUAGUUCUGAAUUGAACCUCGCCGUGCUCAAAGAGGCUAAAAUUUUUCACUUCACUUCAGAAGUUUUGACAUCUCGUUGCAUGCAAUCAACUCUUUAUAAGGCCAUUAGAUGGUCUAAAAAAUUUGGGGGUCUCAUAUUUUUCGAUCUGAAUCUGCCUUUGCCUUUGUGGAGAUCACGCAAUGAGACGAGGGAGUUGACCAAGAAAGCUUGGAAUGAAGCAAACAUCAUUGAAGUUUCAAGGCAAGAACUAGAAUUUCUUCUUGAUGAAGAGUACUAUGAGAGAAAGAGAAACUAUCAGCCGCAAUAUUAUGCUGAAACUUUUGAGCAAACUAAAAACAGGCGAGACUAUUAUCAUUAUACCCGAGAUGAAAUAUCACCAUUGUGGCAUGAUGGACUCAAGUUCUUGUUUGUGACGGAUGGGACACUGCGGAUUCAUUACUAUGCUCCUUCUUUCGAUGGUGUGGUUGUUGGAACAGAAGAUGUUUUGAUAACCCCUUUUACUUGUGAUCGGACUGGUUCUGGUGACGCUGUGGUUGCUGGCAUAAUUAGAAAACUAGCCACUUGCCCUGAAAUGUUUGAAGAUCAAGAUAUUUUGGAGAGGCAGCUUCGCUUUGCCAUUGCUGCAGGAAUUAUAUCGCAGUGGACAAUUGGCGCAGUAAGAGGGUUUCCUACUGAAAGUGCAACACAGAAUCUGAAAGAACAAGUUUAUGUACCAUCAAUGUGGUAAUUAAAAGCCAUGCAGACAACGAGGUGCAAAUUUAUUUUUGUUA